GCAUUCAAAUUUGGAAUAUCAAUCAAAACAUAAAUUGUGUAUUCAAGAAGUGACUCUCUCAUCAAAGAGAAAGAUCAUGUCUCCAUUAUCAGAUACUCGUAUUUCUUAUGAUAGAGAAAACUAUUUUAUGGUGGGCACUAUUACUGUACCGUGGCAUAAAAAGGAAAAGAAAAUUUCACUCUCACCGGAGUUAAUGUCAGUGACCGGAAACUUCACAACAAACCAUAAUCAACAGGUUAUGCCUGAUAAUCCAUUAUCAGAUAUUUCAGAUGACAGAGAAAAAGAUUUUAUCGCGGGCACUAGUUCCCCGGAAACUAGGACUUUUUCAUUCGAAAGUAAACUCAAGAGGAAAAUUCGCGUUGACUUAGGAUUGGAACAGGGCAAUAAGAAUGACUCAAGAUUAUUUUCCGGUUUUGAUGAUAAUAUUAGUAAUACAUCAGCAGUAAAGACAUUGUCAGUGACUGAAAACUUCACAAGAAACAAAAAUAAAUCAACGCGACAAAGUCAUUUUUGGAAGAAGGAUGAUGCUGCAUCAUCCAAUAGACCAUAUAAUAACGGGCAAAGAAAAACCAACUUUGACAUCUGCUGUCAAAGAAAUUCUACUAUAGCAGGAGCUACUCUGCUUGAAAAGAACGAGGAAAACGGCAUUGAAUUCAAGAUUCAAGAGGGAGCAACACAUGACGUGAUACUGAGGCCUGGGAUGGUUCUUUUGAAACAUCAUUUAACUCAUGAUGAACAGGUUGAAAUAGUGAAACAAUGCCGCAGUCUUGGACUUGGUCCUGGAGGAUUCUAUCAACCAGGUUAUGCAGGUGGAGCCAAACUUCGAUUAAAAAUGAUGUGUCUUGGUAUGGAUUGGGAUCCUCAAACCAGAAAAUAUGGAUAUAAAAGGGCAAUUGAUGGUUGCAAGGCACCAAGUAUUCCUCAUUAUUUUAGUAACUUGGUUAUAAGAGCUAUACAGGAAGCACAUAAUCUAAUUAAUCAAGAAUCUGGAAUAAGCUAUGUUGAGGACAUACUACCUUCAAUGACUCCUGAUAUAUGCAUUGCUAAUUUCUAUGAAACCAGUGGAAGGCUUGGUCUUCACCAGGAUCGCGAUGAAAGUAGAGAAAGUCUUCGAAAAGGGUUGCCGGUUGUGUCUUUCUCUAUUGGCGAUUCAGCAGAAUUUCUAUACGGGGAUCAAAGAAAUGUUGAGAAGGCAGAGAGUGUAUUUCUAGAAUCAGGAGAUGUUCUAAUAUUUGGUGGUGAAUCACGGCAUGUCUACCAUGGUGUCUCAUCUAUCAUACCGAAUUCGGCACCAGAAGAAUUGCUUCGAGAUACUUGCCUUUGUCCUGGCCGCCUUAAUCUUACAUUUAGACAGUAUUAACGUCUCCUCUUAUGUAGUUUAUAAAGAGUGACACUCUUCACCUUACAAGCCAAGAAACCCUUCAUAUCAGCUGGUUUUCUCGCACUCGAGCACGACAUGGGUCCUAUAUUCUAGUGAAUUUUAAAAUAUGGUUGUCCUAUAGUGAAUUGAGUAAAUACUUUCUUGUUUACUUCUCAUUUGAGAGUUAUACUCAUGACCCCACUACUAGUAUAGUCUACAUUGAAAAUUAGAUGGUUGUAUUUAGUUUUUAGUACAAAGUUGUUGAGAUAUAUUUAAUUUUCGGUGUCAUAUUUGGUUAGUUGCAUAUAACUAUCCUUUUAUCAAUUAAGUAAAUUGAAUUUUAGCCAGU